UCUUGUUCGGCCGUCCAUUACCUAUCCACUGCAAAGAAAACGUUAUUUUUAUUAACAUCUGGUAUAAUUAGUUUAAUUUCCAAUUUAUUGAUUAGGUAUAUUGUUUAGAGUAAAUUAUGUCGACUUAAGAUUAACACUGGCCAGGAUGACAGACCCCUAUGAGCAGCAGCUGUUGGCAGUGUUUGAGAGUUGUGACGUGGAGGGAACAGGUCGACUAGACUGUAAGGGACUCACUCAGCUAUGUGACCAGCUGCAUUUGGAAGAUGGCAGACGACAGCUCAUGGACUGUUUGCUGCCAGCCUUCACCUUUGACCAGUUCCGAGAUGCUCUGCUGGCCCUGCUCGGCGCGACCCGGCGCAACAGAGAUCCUUCGCCUGAGAGAGAAGUGUCACCAAAGUUUGUAUUUGGCCAAAAAAAAUAUGGCCGAAGGUCAAGACCGGAGAGUACAGAUCAGGCCGAAGACGAUGAUGAUGUUGAGGAUUACGAUGUUGAUAAUGGUGAAGACUGUGAUAUCUUCCUUCCACUCAACCAGAAUGAAAAUAUUAAAACUAAGAAUAAGCCAAGCCAUAUUUUAAUAGAUGACUGCAAAAUAGACAGAGACACCGUCAUUACACCUACAUCCAUCCACUCAGUUAUAAUUGACAAAGAAGAAAUGGAGUCGCCACGGGGACAGGGUGAAGCGGAACUGCGGUCGGCGUGGCGACGCCUGGGGGUAGGCACCGACGGGUUCCUAGAUCCAACAGAGCUAGCUAUGGUGUGUAGGGCUGUUGGUAUGGAAAAGAUGGCAGAUGAGGUGGUUAAACAAGUGUUUGCCAAGCUUGAGGUGGAUGCUGAGGGCAGGAUCAGUUUUGAGGAGUUCCUGCAACUAUUCCGCGGCUCUCACAAUCCACCUGUUUCUUCCCACCCUCACAACUCUCCAUCCUUCCAGCAGCAGCAUCUUACCAGCCUAGACAUCACCUCCUCUGGGUAUGUGAGCAGUGACGUACUUGCGGAUCUGUGGGAUGCAGGAGGAGUUGUGAAUGCUAGCGGACUGUUGGCAGACCUGGGUGUGUCACAUAGUGGAGAGGUGAGCCUGUCGUCACUGGCAGCACUGUUAGACGAGGAAGUGCGCUCGAUGGCAAGCAAGAGCAACAACCCCUCACCACAAGUCAAUGCCCUGACUGCAGCCCUCGUCCUGGCCCAGGGUCAUCUCAAAUGGACCAGGACAUGCCUGGAGCAGAUGACAGGAGAGAGGGACAAGCUGCACAGUGACCUAGCCGAGGCCAACCAGAGGGCGACCCUGCUUGCACAUGAGGUGGAUGACAGGCAUGCUCGCAUGGAGAGAGCCUCCCAGAUGCAAAUCAAGUUGCUUGAGCAGAGACAUGCAGAGCAGGUCAAGCAGUUGAGUGUGCAACUGGCUAUGGACCGGGAUCAGCUGACGGCUGCUACACUUCGGCUGGAGAAGAAACUGGCUCUGCAGCAGGAGGAGGAGGCAAAGCUAAGAGCAGACCUGAACAACCUACAGGUGGAGUGUGACACGAUGGAGAAGGAGAACCAGAGCAUGAGCGAGCAGCUGGCAGAGUGUGAGGGGAUCAAGGUUAGAGCGGAGAUAGACAGUCUGCAGAUACAGCAGUUGCAGCAGAGAGUGCAGGAGCUGGAAAGCAGCAGUGAGCAGGUACAGUCGCUAGUGGAACAGUUGGCCAUACUGAAAGCUGAAAACACGAGUCUGCGUGAUCGCAACGACGAACUCACUAUGCAGGUCGAGAACCUCACUGCACGUCCUGUCAUCAAGAGACAGAACAGCAGUGAGGGGGGCCUGGGUAGUGGAACCAAGCGGAGAGGCAACUCUCCUCUGGCCCUACCACCUGAGCACUCGUGGGACGAGGAGAGUCCUCGACUGGGCAAGGUCAGGCGCUACUGCACAGACACUGAUCUGUCACUUGAUAGUGUGCCUAUAGAAGGUCUCGCUAUUGGGCGUUCUUUGCGUCACAGCGAGAGUGGGCUGGAGGCUGAUCUUGACACUCUGGACAACUCACUCACCCUCUCCUCCCCGUCUGUGGAUAAGGUGACAUUUAAUAUUGGUGGUUGUGAAGAAGCUUACAUAGCCGAGAUUGCGAAACUUCAAGCCUCUAUCGCAGAGUUACAGCAGUCCAAUGAGGAGUACAAGAAGAGAUUGGCGGAAUUAAGUGCAGGACCGACCAGCUGCUCGGAUAUCAUGAAAUCCACGGAUGUUGCAUCAGUUCAGGGUAGCCCCGUGAAAGCUGCGGAGGAGGAAGAAGCCAGCAGCACACUUUCGACACUGGCCACAGAGUCCACGGAGGUGCAGACAUCGCUGGACAACGUGACAGAGGUCAAUAGACUGGAGAAACAUUGCUAUGAGCUCAGACACACUUUGGACAAUGUCCAGGGAGAGAUCGUGAAGAUUCUCUCUGAGAAGAAAGCGUGCAAUGAGGAGAACUGUGUGUUAAAACAAAGAAUAGAAGAACUCAGGAGGAGCCUUCCGAAAACCGUCAACAACGACGUGGAGUGUCAAGAAAAUACCAGUGGUCCUCUCACUUACACCCUGUCUGACGUUUCUAGUGUUCUUCCAGACAUCGGUGCUUUAGAUUCAAUUUACUGUGAUAAACUGAAGGACUCUCCUAAAAAUAUUGCACUAAAAUGUUUCCCUUUCAUGAACCGCAAGGAGAGUAACCCCGAUGCCGUCUAUUGUUUGUUCCCAACGAAAGACAGAAAAGACAAUGGGGGAUUUAAAUUUGAAAACCUGUCUCAGUUCGCUUUUGAGCUGUCUCAAUCGCUCAGUGACACGAACUGUUUGGAUCAUCCGUUUUCGGACUUUGAUAGUAAACCUUUAUCACCGUGCCUUAGUGACAAUGGAAACAGUGACAAUUUAAAAAGUGUGAACUCUAGUUGUAAACAGGGAACAGGUGAACUCAAGACUGACGAAUCGAUUGUUGUGAUAAGCAGAAAGGAGCCGUCAACAACACCCACAGACAGUGAGUUGGUAAGGUUGACGCAAGAGUGCGUGGAGUGGAAGGAAAAGUGUGCGGAACUGGAGACAAGUCUGGAGAUGAUGAGGGUGGAGUACGAAAAAUGUGAGGAUUAUUGGCAAGGCAAACUGAACGAAGAGAGAGCAAUUUUCGAUCAGGAACAAAGACUGAGUGAUGAAAAGUUCGCUGAGCUGGAAGCUAAGAUCCAAGAGUACAGCGAACUGUUCAGUAUGGAUGACAAGCGAGGCACUUGUCGGCUUCCCACCAUCGACGAGAGAGAUAGCCUCGAAAAACAGGUGACUGAUCUGGAAGAGGAAUUUGAAUCAUUUAAGCUAGCUGCACUAUCAGAGUCCCAGAUUAAAACUGAACAAAUAGAGAAACUACAAAAUGAACUUCACGAGCUAAGGAAAAAGCAGGCAGAUAUGGUCCGAGAUACCCAUGAUGUGGAAGUGCAAGCUUCAGAACAAACCUGUGAGUUCAGGCUGCACGAACCUUGUUCCAGUCCUCCUCGUUCCAAGGCUUUUUCCAAGUUGUGGAAACUAGCUGGUUGGUUUUGUUCUGGUUGCUUUCCAUAGUCACGUUUUGCAACAGCUGGAAGUUAACCUUUAUAGCAGUGGAAUACAUCAGUAGAGUGUGUUAUUGUGUUUAUUUUUAUGUUAAUAAAGUGAUUUAACCCUA